CUCGGAUGAACACCCUUCUUAUCCUGCAGUCUUUUGAUUGCAGCUGCUAUUCCUAUUUCUCGCUAUCUGAGGCGGCGGCCGGCACAACACACUGUCGCCAUUAUCGUCCUCGGCGAUGUGGGACGCAGCCCGAGGAUGAUGUAUCAUGCGGAGAGCUUUGCAAAACUCGGAUUCAGAACCUACCUCAUCGGAUAUAGAGGCUCGAAACCAGUUCCAUCCCUCACUUCUUUGCCCCACGUGCACCUCCACUACCUACCUGAACCUCCGACGUUCGUCGGGAAGGUGUCAUUCGGACUCUCUGCUUUGGUCAAGAUAGUGUACCAGACAUUUAGCAUUCUGUACACACUGAUGUUUGCCAUGACUCAUCCACCAGAAUUCAUCGUGGUGCAGAACCCACCCAGUAUCCCUACACUUGCCCUUGUAUGGCUUGUAGGCCGGGUCCGAGCAACCAAAGUCAUCAUUGAUUGGCACAAUCUUGGGCAUAGCAUCCUGGCUCUAAAGCUGGGCCACGCCCAUCCGUUUGUAAUGAUUGCUAAACGAUUUGAGAAGAUUUUUGGGCGUUCUGCAUAUGCCCACUUAUUCGUUACUGAAGCUAUGCGUGACCACCUCGUGAAUGAUUGGAACUUGGUUGGUAAAAUGGCCGUCCUUUACGAUCGUCCUCCGAGCCACUUCCAUAGAUGUUUGCCACCCGAAGUACAUGAGCUCUUUAUCCGCAUCGGCCCUUCGUUGAAAGAUCCUGUCCUGAAAGAUUUUCUGCCGAAACCCAAUGCCCCAUACUCUACUGAGUUUACGACGACAAGUUGGCCUUCUCGUGACUCUCGUGUUUCGUCGCUGCAUUCGCAAAUAAAUAUGCCCAAGUUACGUGAGGAUAGAGUUGCUUUACUCAUAAGCAGUACUUCGUGGACACCUGAUGAGGACUUCAACAUCCUCCUGGAAGCUUUGGCGUUAUACGAGGAGCGCGCGCGGACAGUUAACGACAAUCUCGAAUCUUCCUCGUUGGGGAAACUCCCAAAAAUAUGGAUGGUGAUCACUGGAAAAGGCCCUCUUCGGACGAUGUACAUGUCCAGAGUGCUGAAGCUCCAGGAACAGUGGAAAUUCGUGAGGUGUAGCAGCUUGUGGCUUGAGGCGGAGGACUACCCGCUCCUGUUGGGAUCUGCAGACUUGGGAAUAUGCCUGCAUGCGAGCUCGUCUGCGUUGGAUUUGCCGAUGAAGGUGGUAGAUAUGUUCGGAUGCGGGUUACCUGUCUGCGCCCUUGAUUUCAAAUGUCUCCCAGAACUUGUCAAAGAUGGUCGGAAUGGCAUGGUAUUCAAAGGGUCGGGAGAACUGGCGAAUCAGAUGGAAGCUCUUUUGAAGUCCUUCCCCAACUCUGCCCGACUAGAGGCACUUCGUUCGUCUCUUCGGGAAGCGGCGAAACUUCCUGAUGCUCUUCUAAGUUCAGGUAGCGUGGAGGGGGAAUGGUGCAGCUGGGCCGACAACUGGAACCGCACUGUCAAGCCGUUGGUACUGAGGGAUGAGUAGAGCACCUUGAUUAGUGUUGAGAGCUCGUUACUGUCGUUGACCCAAGGCCAUAUCAUGGAAGUGAGACAUUGCGGAAUCCAGAGUUUUCGCAACGUCUCACAUCCAAGUGACCCGUGCUUGAUGGUAUUGUGACCACGGCCAUGGCAAGUCCCUCCUCUCCUAUUCGCCCUCAUGUACUUCCAGUUUCUUUCCGGCCAAGGAUACGUGUACCACUCACCUCCUUCGUCAGACAGACUCCCAACUGGAUUCGUUGGCUAAAGUCGUCAUCACCCAACAGAACGAGGCGGGCCCCUAUUGAGAGUGAGGACGGCCCGGCCAGCGAAGUGACAUUUGGUGCUCCGACGAGG